ACAAAGAAGCAAACAGUGUGCCACUUGAGAUGGCUUCUAGUACUGGAAGUAUUAAGUUUAUCUAUCAAAUGCCAUAUUCUGAACGAGUGGAAUUAUGUAAAAUUUUGAAUCAGAAUAACAAAUGGGAAGAACUUGCAGGUGUUUGGAUGGGUUUCAAUAAUCUUGAAAUUCAAAAUUUAAGAAAAGAACGGAAUCCUACAGAAGAACUUUUAGCAAUAUGGGAAAAGCACAAUCAUACAGUUUUAGAAUUAUUUAUGUUACUAGCCAGAAUGCAUCAUUAUCAGGCAAUGCUGCCAAUAAAGUCAUUUGUCGAUAGUAAAUAUCAUACACUGUUGUACAACGGUGAAGGAAAUCUUCAAAUACUUUUGCGGAAUGGUCAGCUUAGAAAUGAUACCAAAGAUCACAAAAUAGGUGCACAAAACUUCAACCAAAACCUAAAACCUCAAGAAGUUGAUGCUAAAAUACUUUUUAAUAAUAGCGAUAAGGAUAAAUCUGAAAUAUUGAAUCGACCUAUGCAACAUGAUCAACAAAAUGAAAUCCUAAGUAAUUCAAAUCAUUUGUUGGCAUCAUUGCCUGCAAUUUUUUCCACACUUUUACCUUGUAUUCCGUAUAAUGAAUUGGCUUCUGCAACAAAUAACUGGAAAAAAGAACAUUUACUUGGCAAAGGAGGAUUUGGAACUGUUUUUAAAGGUAUGUGUCAUAUGAAUGAUUGAAUGCACAAGAUGAAAAUUUCACUCAACUAAUAUUUGAAUUUAUUGUUGUUUCUAAUUAUUAUAUUCUAAUUAUUAUUAAAAAUAGGUUUCUGGAAAAAUACUGAAGUGGCUAUCAAGAAAAUUAAACCAAGGGGUUCUGAUUAUGACGAGAGCUAUGCAUUGCAAUUAGAGCAAUCAUUUCGAGAGAUCAAAAUUUUGAACUCAUCACCACAUGAAAACAUAUUACCAUUGUAUGCAUACAGUAUAGGAGGUGAAGCACCAUGUUUAGUAUACCAGUAUAUGAAAAACGGUUCAUUAGAGGAUCGGUUACAUUUAAAACAUGGAUCUAAUCCACUUAACUGGAUCCAAAGGCUAGAAAUUGCAAAAGGAAUAGCCCGAGGAUUACAGUAUCUGCAUACGAUACGUGAUAAACCUCUAAUUCAUGGAGACAUCAAGAGUGCAAAUAUUUUAUUGGACAAAAAUUUUGAACCAAAAAUUGGCGAUUUUGGAUUAGCACGGGAAGGUUCACCAGAUGACUCUCUUAAAGUGAGUUUUUAAAAAUAAAUUUUUUUUUUGUACUAUUUAAUAUUACUUAGUAUGAUUUAACUAUAACAAUGUGUCUUCUAGGUGAGCAAAAUUCAAGGUACUCGGCCAUAUCUACCUGAAGAAUACAUAUUUAAAGGGACUUUAUCAACUAAAAUCGAUACAUACAGUUAUGGCAUUGUUUUGUUUGAAUUGGCUACUGGUCUGUCUGCUUAUGACAAAUCGAGGCCGACAAACAAAAAAUUGAAAGAGUAUGUGGACAGCUUUCAGGAUAAAGAUUUGCAUUUAUUCAUGGAUAAAAAAGCAGGUGAUAAGUACGUUGAAGUGUAUAAAUACUUAUUGAUGCUUGGGAAGUGGUGUUCUAAUAAAUUAGCACAGCACAGACCAAAAAUGUCAGCUGUGUAUAAAAAGUUCGAAAAUUAAAUUGUGAUGUAUUUCAUUAUUCAGGAUCAUUUUCAAUUCAUGAUAUUUUUUUUAAUACAAUAUAUCUGCAUGCGAUACCUAAAACACUCUGCUUUUAAUUUAAUACAUACAUGAUACUAGAAUAUAUUUCGAUGUAAAAACUUGUGUAAGGCAAGGCACAAAAA